AUGAACGACCAGGACGGCAGCAUGGACCACUCGAUGCAGGACAAUAUGGAACGACCGGCGAAGAGACCAUGUCUAUCAUAUACUCCCGACGACGACGAAGAAGUCCCAGCAGAGUUCGAUCUUCCGGCUGCACGCGCACAAAAUGACUCGCGACUCAAGUCUCUCUUCGAAGGCAUUUUCGCGAAAUACAGCCAGGACUUUACCAACAUUGGUGAUGAGAUUGACUUGCAGACCGGGGACAUCGUGGUAGACAAUGGGCAUCUCCUGGGCAUGCGGGGCGAGGACGACGCUGGUGACCACCUGCGAUCAUGGCUCCCCCAGGGUAACCUGGAUGGGCCGGAAGAUCCCGAUGCGGACGAUGACAGCGACACCAAGGAAGAGGAGGAUGAAUUCUUUUCUAUGGCGUCUUCUCCUGGUGGUCGCUCUUCGAAUGCUCCACGCGAAGAGUCGCCAUCGAAACAGCUGCAGACAGACAUGGAUACCUCCUUGGAUUUCGUGUUUACUUUUAAAGCAUCUGGGACUGCAGGGCACAGUUCUACGACCAAGGAAGAACAUGUCUCCCAUCCUGCCAACCCUAUCCCAACUUCCAAAUCGCAAGAUCCUCUCUGGGCAGUUCCAGACUUGCCCCCAUCUUUUUCAACACCCACCACCGAGACCCGCAAAUCAAACGUGGGCUUCUCUCCACCUGCCAGGUCUCAGUCUCCGCCAGGGAGCGGCUCUGUCUGGGCUGUGCGCAAGCCCCGUAAGCCACGCACAGAAACGAAACCCAAGGCCACGCCGACUAAGCGCCGACCAGCCGCGAAGCGCAAAUACCACUCUAGCCCUGUUACACACGACUGGUCUUUUGCGGCAGUACCAGAUGGAAACGAGUCAGACGACCCUUUGCAGGACUAUGAGCCGUCACCAACACCAUCGAAAGUGAAAAUUAUCCGCGGGAAGCGCCACAUUCCCACGAAAGAGAACGAUGGUCCAUCUACUCCUUCGAAGCAACCAGAUCCUGUUAUUGAAGUGGAUGAUCACGAAGGGGGCUGCGAGACGAGGGAUCAAGAGGAGGAAGUGCCUGACGCGGACCUCGAAGAAGAGCGCUGCGAAUCGAGCAAUCAUAUAGAUGAAGGGUCUGAAGCAUGUCCCGAAGAUGGAGGCUACGAACAGAGCCACCAAGAAGACGGAGUGCCUGACGAACAAUUCAAAGAAGGCUGCGGACCAAAUGACCAAGAAAAUGAAGCACCUGGAGCAGAAUAUAAGAAUGAAGUGCCAUUUGAUCCUAUGGUACAAGGCGAUUUAACACCCAAGACCACAGCCAGCACCCUGGCCCCAACGCCGUACCCUAUGGAAAACACUCCAAGCAAAAGGCGGCCCAUUGCACCCGAUGAAGCAAAGUUGAUCGUGUGCAUGAUGCACAAACAGGAAAAGAAGGCUAGCGAUGUGAUGCACAUGCUGCCAGGUCGCGAAUACCAGACAGUUUGGCACUGGUUCUACAAUCAUUGGACCCGCCGCCUCGCCAAUCCGCCUCCCCUUUCCGCUGCCUGGUCAUGGCCUGAGUUGGAAACUCUGUCCAGACUCAGCACCCAAUCGGAUCUUACCUGGGGUCAAAUACAAAGUCGGUUCAAGGGCCGAUCACGACAUGAGGUUGAGUUUGAGCUGCUGCGUGCUUUUGUUGGCGAGGGCUUUACCUCUGGAAUGAUCGGGGACAUGGAGGAACAGGCGGAACCGGAAGAGCAGCAGCAGGAAGAAGAAACACUGGACGAGAUAAAGGAUGAACCGGAAUCUGAAGCAGUAGUGGAGGAAGUCAAAGAUGAGACCGGAGAUAGCGAUGCUGCGUCUGAAGACACUGCCCAGGAAGAGCUUGAGCAGCUCGGCAUCAAAGAAGUGACCAAGACAACCGACAGUAAGGCGUCUGCUCCAAAAGGCUUCUUGGGCAUUUUUAUAAACUCUCGAACAUGA